CGUGUCUCUCCGUUCCGUGCAACGAAAUGGUUCUCGCUUCAUCCGAUCACCACCGCUCUGUGGCUGGCUAGCCAACUAGCCCAAGCUCUUUCCACAGCUCGCUGGCGCACGUUCUUCUGCUGAGUUGUAUGAAAGAAGAGAAACUCGUAUGUGGCUGCUCCACAAACUGAAUCGGAGGCCGGUACCUUAGCAAGAUGCCACUUAUGCUGCCGCAUGCAGAUUACAUGAUCGUUCUCUGCAUAUUUGCCUGCGGAUCCGCCGCGAAGAGCAUUCCUGGCUAUGCAGGUCCGUACAUUGCUAUAGUUGAGAGGAUACUGUCUUGCAACGAUGACGAUCCGAAGUUGAGAAUGUUUCUGCACGUCUCGCACUUCAAUCGCUACAAUCCCACAGAGAAGCAACGUGUAUCUGGGAACGUGACUGUAUUCGAAACCUUUGAUGAUGAUGUGUGGAUGGAUAUCAGGUUGGGUCUUCGAUCUAACAAUGAAUGGAAGAAGAACGCGUUUGUUUUUAAGUUUCCGAACCAAGGCUGUUCGAGAUUCAGGGCAUUCCUUCCAUCUUUCUUCAGUGUCAUGUACAAAGGUGUCAGCAUGGUUGGCGCUUGUUCGGUGCCGGCGGGAGUGUACGUCUUCGAUGAACCCGUGGAUUGGACCUUCCCCAACGUGCCUGUCUUCCCCUACGGUCACUACCUUGCCACCAUGAAAGGCGGAAGAGGAAACACCAAUAUUAUCAAAAUGUGCAGUCAAUUUGAACUGCGUAUAAUUCCGAAGUCCCAGUAGUGGAUUCUCGAGGUCCC